ACAGUUUUGUCAGUUCAAUCGAAGCGUUCGGAUCUGAGGAGGGUGUAUGUGUUCAGUGUGUCGCGUGUAUGAUUGAAAUCUGCGGUGGUGGAAAUCUUCAACUCAUUUUUCGACGCCGUAACAUCUUGCACCCAACCGAUUUCCAGAAACGUAGCAACAAUCAAAAGAUAGUUUUCGGCAAAAUCCAUUGAAUGAAAACAGAUCCAGCAACAGAAUUGUGGCGAUAGUUGCGUAUACCCGUGGAAAAAGAUAAACUUGCACAACGUCAGUGAGCUGAAGCCAAAUAAAUGGUCUGAGUUUAAUUGCGUGCAGCGCAAAGAGAGGUGGAAAAACAGGAACGAGCCAAAUUGUAGUGCACAGGUGUGUGCUCGUGCUGCAGAAACUCCUGCUGUUUACUGCGAAAAUCCUCUUAGACCGGAAGCUGCUGGCCGAUACUAUUAAAGAAAGUAGUUGAACAUUAACCAAUUGGGUUGACCUAUGAGCCCUUUUUACGGCCCAUCGCUAUUACUCUGUUACUCGUCUGGUUCGGAACAUGUGCCGACUAAUAAUCUAAUCACAGUACGUAUGUGUGCGUAACCACUGACCCCGGGGCUUAAACGAACUGCUGACUGAGGAAUUCUACAGAAGCAGCGAAUGCUUCCUCGCUAUGCCUUCUUCUGCAACACCCUGGCACUCCCGAACGCGUUAUCAGAAGUGUAGACACCACGAAACGACGAUGACGACGGCCGUUGUCUGCAUCAUCGAUGAAUAUUAACCGAAUAGUAUCGGAUUACAAAGCAACAAGAGCGGGCGAGAAAUUGUUACGUGCGUGCGUUUGUGUUCACAUCUAUGAAGACUGUGGUUCUGCUGUGAACGAUCGAGUUUACAAAUAUUCUUUUGUGUUAGUUUUGUUUGUCACUCAGCAGUUAACUUCCAAGUGCUCGGAAGAAAAAUUUACUUCAGCAGUGAAAGUAAUCAUGGUAAAAUCAUGCCGACAACAAUGAUCACCAUUGUUGAGUGUCUUGCGAUUGGAAUUCUCAUAUUUUGGUGUGGCAAAUGGAUUGUUCAUGCUAUGGCCAUUAUCCACGGUAAACUGAAGCUGCACAAGAAAAUGACGCCUACUAAUCAACCCCGUGAAGUGCCGUAUCCCUCGGUGUCGAUCCUGAAACCGCUGAUGGGUGUUGAUCCUAAUUUGUCCAACAAUUUGGAGACAUUUUUCCUAAUGGACUAUCCGACGUAUGAAUUGCUCUUCUGUAUAGAGUCUUCGGAUGAUCCGGCUAUCGACGUGGUUAACAGGUUGCGGGAAAAGUAUCCGAAUAUAGAAACUUCACUUCUGUUGGGUGGCUUGAACGUCGGAGUAAAUCCAAAGGUGAAUAAUCUAGCACCAGGUUACCAAAUGGCGAAAUAUGAGCUAGUAAUGAUUUCCGAUGCCGGCAUUCGUAUGAAAACUGAUACGUUAACAGACAUGGUCAAUCAUAUGACCGAACGCGUAGGAUUAGUUCAUCAGAUGCCAUUCGUUUGCGACAGGGAAGGAUUUGCGGCCGCCUUCGAGAAGAUCUACUUCGGAACAGUGCAGUCGAGAAUAUAUCUCUGUGCGGACUUGCUUGGCAUCAUCUGCCACACUGGAAUGUCCUGCCUGAUGCGGAAAGAUGUUCUUGACGAAUUAGGUGGAAUCCAAGCGUUUGGUUGCUACCUAGCGGAAGAUUUCUUCUUAGCAAAAGCUUUCAGCGACGCCGGAUGGAAGCUUACCAUUAGCAGUCAGCCUGCUUGGCAGAACUCCGGCAUUUGUGAUAUAAGCAGCUUUCAAGCGCGACUUACUCGCUGGGCCAAGUUGCGUGUGGCGAUGGUUCCUACGACCAUUUUGCUGGAACCACUUUCCGAGUGUAUCAUCGUUGGAAUAUUUGCAUGUUGGGCAGCGAAGAUCCUGCUGCGAUGGAACCCGCUAGUGUUCUUUCUCAUACAUACAUUGUUCUGGUUCCUGUCGGACUGGGUUCUACUGUCAAUCAUCCAGAACGGAUCGCUUCCGUUCAACAAGUUCACCUUCUUGGUCGGCUGGGUAUUCCGAGAGCUCAGUGGGCCGUAUCUCUUUUUCAACGCCCUGUGGAACCCCGCCAUCAGAUGGAGAACCAGAGUCUACAAGCUAGCUUGGGGUGGAGUGGCCUACGAGCUGACCUCCCAGAUCAAAUCGUAGCUCAUCAUCGCCACUGGAAGCACGAUCAUCGCAGCUGUUCAUAUAACCUAGGUCCCAUAAUCAUCUGUUGUUGUCUCUUUUGUAUAAAGGUCAUCUCUCGUUUGUAUAUUUUGAAAACUUUCACUAGAAAAGUUUGUUUUAGAAUAAUAAGCGAGUAAAAUUCGAAAUCAUUGAUCCCUUUACCUGAGAUCGCAUUCAUUUGUUUGUAAAUAUUUAUUGACCAGUAAACCAGAACAAAAACCAACAUUGGCUAAAGAAUACCGUUACGCCUGUUCUCGCUCUUCUCUAUUGCCUACAUUCUAGUAGUACAUAGGAGAUCGAUACAAUAUCAAAGUGAAAAUCGAUAACUCGCGAUUAAUAAAGAGCGUACCUAGUAAUAGCAACAUAA